UACUAAUAGGACUACAUUGCUCUUUGAUGUUGCAACUGCAAGCAUAAAGGCGAGGGGAGAGUGUUUCUAAUCAUGUCAAAUCAUGUCAAAUCAUGGGAUAAUGUCAAUUGAUACUAAGGCAAGAAACGCCAGUCUAAUCAGCAAAGCUAAACUUAUCCAUGAGGGCGUCGCUGGUGUAGCCAUAUUCGAAUGGAUCUGUUAAUCCUUCUGUACGAUGCAGCUCUUGGUCUUCGUUCUCUGGUCCCCUAAAAAGACAGACGCCUCUUCUUCGCACAGGUGGAGAAUACCUAUAAUGGCCAGGGACUUUCUUCAACGAGCAUAAUUGGCAUCAAAGUGCCACUGGCAGACGACACUGUCAACCGGGCUCAGAACAUGGAAUGGCAAUAUCUGGCUGACGGUUACUAAUACGCAGCUUUCGAGGGAAGAAGAGAAGCUCAACUGCCAGCACUGUUGAGGAUGUCCGCGGGGAGGUUGACUGUCGAUUACAAGUUGUAGAGCAGUUGACUUGUUGACUCAUGCUGUGCUAUGCUAUCAGCGGAGCUGUGGGACUGGGUCUAUCCGCUGAUGAUACCGUUCUGGAUCCCAAGGAUCGACUCGACUUACGCGCGAUCACAGGCGAAGUACAACUAUACCCUAGAUUCCACGAUUAAAUGCCGAAGUAUCAAUCCCUCACAGGCCGCUGCAGCUUUUACGGGUUCAUGACGCUCACAAUAAAGGUAUUUUUCUCAGACGAUAGCAUCGCCGUCUAGAAACGUUUUACCGGGUGUCAAAACGAACAGCUCAAAGCGCGGUAUGCGGCGCGGAUGGUGGGAGCCGCAGCGAAUCGUGACCGCUGGCAGACUGCGAAAUCUUUUCAGCCUCAACGGCAAUCAGCUUCGGGCCCCUCCACUUUGUGCCCCUCGCCUCGGCCAUCCCCGCGCAUCGAUGUGGUCCCGGCAAUCGGAGCCAGAUCCAGUCAAAAGUGCAAAGAGCAAUGUUCGCCAUCAAUCGAUUGAUAAGAGCCCGAGGGCGCCGAAGAUACGACGGUAUCUGACUUCACGUUGGGCUAUCUUCAACUCCCGUCCAGCUGCUGUCCCUUUGCGCAAGUCCAAAAGUCAGCGAUUGUCUGCCUCUGUCCCGGUGCUCAAGUCUGUGGACAUCACCACUGUGUUACACAGUGAGAGUAUACUGUAACAUCGGCAUAGAUACCUAAGACAACACGCCCGUGUGAAGGAAUGCAUUACGCAAACAUCGCCCUACUGGCCUCUCUGGCUUCGACUACGCUGGCGGCCGAGACAGUGCUGGGAGUCUACAUAUUCUCGCGGCACGGCGACCGAACCGCAAAAAGCACACCGCCGACGAACCUGACAGACCUGGGAUACCAAGAAGUAUAUACAUCCGGGACAUACUUUCGAAGCCGAUAUGUGUCGAGCAGCGCGAGCCGACGGAUCCACGGGCUGAACUCGGACCUAGUGAAACAAUCACAAAUCACGGCGUCAGCCCCAUCGGACACAGUCCUACAAAACUCGGCCAUGGGGUUCCUUCAGGGCCUCUACCCACCAGUUGGAUCUGAUCUGGGCAGCAACACACUCCGCAACGGGACCGUGGUAUCAGCACCGCUGAACGGAUACCAGCUGAUCCCCCUGCAAACCGUUGAAACGGGCGCCAACAGCGAGAACGCGGCCUGGCUGCAGGGCGCAACCAAUUGCGCCAACGCCCAGAUCAGCUCCAACAAAUACUUCAACAGCGCCGAGUACUUGGAAACCCUAUCGCGAACCCAAGACUUUUACAACGGGCUCACACCCAUGAUCAACCGGACUUUCACUGCGUCACAAACGAGCUUCAAGAACGCAUACACCAUUUUUGACCUGUUGAACGUGGCAUCGAUCCACAACUCGUCCGCCAACUUCCCCAACGCCGACCUGUUGACCGACGGCGUGUUUUUCCAACUGCGCACCCUGGCCGACCAGCACGAGUGGGGACUGGCAUAUAACGAGUCCGAACCCGUCCGCGCCAUCACGGGCGCCAUCAUAGCCAACGAGGUCGUGCAGGCUUUGAACUCGACUAUUGCCGCCAGCGGAAAGUCCAAACAGCUCAAUGUCCAGUUCGGCGCCUACGCCGGCAUGAUGUCCUUUUUCGGUCUGGCCAAUUUGACGGUCGCAAAUUCGGAUUUCUUCGGUGUUCCGGACUAUGCGUCCACGUUGGUCUGGGAACUCGUCACUAAUGCCACGGUGGAUAACAACAAUUACCCAACCACAAACGAUAUUUCUGUGAGAUUUCUGUUUCACAAUGGCACCGCUAGCAAUAUCAGCGAACCGGUGGAGUAUCCUCUUUUUGGCGGCAACCAGUCCCCGCUCCACUGGACCGACUUUGUCGCUGGCAUGGAUAAGUUCCGUAUUAAGAGUCAGAAGGAUUGGUGUUCGGCGUGUGGAAACUCGACUGGUGAAUGCUCUGCUGAGGCUUUGGGUGAGAGCAGCAACACUAAUAGCAGCUCCUCUGCUUCGUCCUCUCAAAGCGCCAAUGGCAAUGGCAGUGGCAGUGGCGGAGUCUCAAAGGCCGUUGCUGGUGUCAUUGGUGCCAUGGUCACUCUCGCGGUCAUUUUGGGUCUUGAACUCCUGGUGAUUGCCGUCGGUGGGUACCGACUCGUCAGCAAGAAACGUCUUGCCGCUCGCGGUGCUGCCGGUCCAGACGGCGCGACAUCCGCUUCUGCAGCAGCAGGUCCGGUUGGAGGAGCUUCGAAGGCAUGAUGACACUGACAUGAUAUUCCGUCUGUGUGAUAUGAGGUCAACAUGCCUCCAGAGAAGCCCGCAUGAAACUGAACGCUUCUGGAUGUCCUAACUACUACUACCUAGUACGGCUGGACCCAUACAGAUGAAGAUAUAAUGCAGUUAUUUCUUAUUGGUGCUUGGAGGGAUAUAUAUACCUAUGACCGGGAUCUAUGCUUAUCAACGAGUACAUAAUCCAUAGCAUGCAAAAAAGCUACCUUUUCUGAUCUAGACCCUCGACGGGCCAUACAUCGGAACAGAGCAUUCGAGUAGACGAGGUGCUUGCGAUAUCGAGUACAUUUUCUGAUAUGAUUCCUAGGUAGGCCAGGUCUCGUCCCUUUACGAGGCUCGUCAAAGAUUUCACUCUCUCCAA